UUUAUUGUAUUGAGAAAGGAUAAACAUGGCGCUGAUUUUCUGAUGCGAAAACUUCCAACGCGACAGUCGAUAAUUAUCACAGAUUUUCAUUUUUUAGCAUUUAAAUGUUCUCCAAUUUAUCAGAUUUUCCAACACUAGAAUACUGUUAUUAAACGUGAAGUAUUUAUAGUAUUUUAAACAUCCCCAUACAUUCUGAAUUUAAGCCAUGGCGGACGAAAAUCUUAUUCUCGAUACGGAUAGCGUACGGAAGAAAGCACAAGACACAACAGAUGAAUUGAAAUUCCAGGACUUCACCGAUUCACAGUUACUGGAUGAUGUUGGGGACGAUGAGGAGGGACAAACCAUCACGUUCACCAACCAUCCAAGUGACAAUGAGGAAGAUGGCGAUGACACAGAGCUUCUUUCUGGACAGAAGAAACAACAUUCUUUCUGGACCUUUGAGUACUACCAACAGUUCUUCGACGUCGACACGUCGCAGGUUCUCUGGAGACUCCUGGGUUCUUUCUUGCCCAAACCUACGACAAACUAUCUACAGACCCAGAUUAGACCCAACCCAGACCUCUAUGGUCCUUUCUGGGUGUGUGCCACGCUAGUCUUCACCAUCGCUAUCAGUGGAGACAUCGCCGACUACAUCGCUUAUCGCAAUGACAUCAACUAUCCCUGGCAUGCACAUUUCUCUAAUGUGACUACAGCUGGCGUGGUGAUCUUCCUGUACGCUUGGCUGGUUCCCGCUGGUUUCUAUGCAUUCCUACAUUGGCGUGGGAACCAUGCAGGGUACACGUUUCUCGAGUUGGCCUGUCUCUAUGGUUACUCCUUCACAAUCUACAUUCCAAUAUCGCUCUUGUGGACGAUCAACUAUGAUUGGCUACGCUGGGUCUUAGUGGGCGUGGCCUUAGCCCUGUCCAGCACCGUCUUAUUGAUGUCUCUCUGGCCGUCAGUCAAGGGAGAAGAUGUUAAGAUGGGCAUCCCUGCCAUGAUUGUAGUGUUCCUGCUCCACGCUGCUUUAGCAGUAGGAUUCAAGUUGUAUUUCUUUGAGUUUGCCUCCCACGUUCCGGAACCGACGACCUCCGCAUUGCCCGUCACCACAGCAGCCGUUCACGACACAUCAGUGGCACAUGGUCCAUCGCUGAUGCCAACCCACAUCCCACCGACGCCUGCUUGAGUAGUGAAGUAUCAAGGUAUCAGAAAAUCUACACGGAAGUGAAACCCAAGAUGAAACGACGUCACGCUUUGUUUACUGCUCCACUUUUUAUGGCGCUAGGUUGAACCGUAAUGUUUUGUCAUAAUUGUCAUGCAUGUUCAUAAUGUACAAAUUCGAACUCGUUUUUUCAGCUCAUUAUUAUAAUUGCGUCUUGCUUUUGUAAAUUAUUUCUUACUCUCAUGUUUUAAGAGUAUUUAUUGCUGUAGCUAUGUACAAGGUCGGCGCUUUGGUGAAGGAAUCUUUUCUAUUUGGAAUUUCGGUACUUGCUAUUGAGGCAUUUAGUCUGUUCUCCUAUUUUUUAAGUCUUCCAUCGUUUGGACUGUUGUGUUGAGGCUAAAUUAAGCAAAAUGUGGUAGGCUGUUAACUUUGGAUUUAUGUGCAGAUUUUGCAUAACCAAAUCAAAAGGUACUUUUUGUAGAUUGUUUCGUCUAUCAAGAUGUCUAAACUCUUUUUCACCAAAAUGGUCUUAUUUAUCGCUACAAAAACAAUAAAUGGAACAUCUCAAUACGUUUUUUGCCUAUGUAAAUUUGUUUUAUUUAAUUUCUUUUUUUUCUGGACAAUAAUUAUUUAAUGAUGCUUCACGGAGAUUAAAAAAACCCUGUUUAUGUAAUUCACUGUAAAAGGUCAUGCAGUGACCAUGCAAGCUAUUUUUCAGCUGGAAAUUUGAUGCUGUGCUGUUGUAUACAUGUACACUGUAUAUUUAAAUUGUCAUCAAAAUUGACUUAAAAAUUACUUUUUAAAGGCUAAUUCAGGCAUAUAUUUCUGGUGUGGUUUCAAUGAGGCCAUAUAAGGUCACAUGGCCAUAUAAGGUCACAUGACUCAAUUAAUCCCGUGUGCCAUUAAUCCUGCUGUAAAUAAUUGUAUGGGUUAAUAUUUGUUUGUUUCACAAUCUGCAUCAGAUAUACAGUCCUAUGAGUAAAAACUCUGGCUCUUCAAGCCUUGAAUCUUUAACACU